CAGCUGAUCACACAACUCGUGGCAUGAUGUUGUUUACAACGUAUUUCCAACGUUUUUGCUUAUUUUGUGAUUUUAUUAUUAGUUUUGUGAAUUGAAGUUUAUAAAUAUUUAUUAGGUGAUAGUAAUAUGAAGUGUGUACUUUGUGGUGAAAGUACUUUGCAAAAAACAAUUAAAUUUACAUUAGAUAAAUUACAAAAAUGUUUAAAUGUUUUAGAAUAUCGCCGGAGCAAACCGGUUGUCGGAAAAUCUCGAACAACAUACGAUAAUCUGGAACUUUCGAUAGAAUCUUCAUUGAAUGAAGUGUAUUACUCACAGUGCUAUAAAUUAUUUACAGCAAUGAAAAUACCGCGAGACUUUCAGUAUUUGCAACCACAGCAAAGUGUAAUGGAUCAUGACAAUGCAUCAGAAGUUUCUGGGAAUAUCUCCGAAUCACAUCCUUCUGUUUCUGGAGAGUGCUCCAAAUCACAUGCUACUGUUGAUUCCGCGUCUACUGAGGCUGUUGGUACAUCGACAGACGAAUACGCAAUCUGAGGAUGAAAUCGAGCCAGAGGAGGAAGAUGAUUCUACCGAUGAAGAUGAUUAAAAAAAAUCCUCAAAAAAAUAUAAUUAUUUAUAAUUAUUUUUUUAUAAAUAUGUACAAGUAUUCUACUUAAAAAAAUAUGAACUUUUUUUAUUUGCAUGCUAUUUCCUGAGAUUUUCAAUUAGUUAAGUUCAAUGAUUAAAAAAAAUUAAAUAAAAAUUUUCUUAAUUGUCAGAUUAGGUGAAUCCCUUCAGGUAAUCGUCAGAUUACGAGAAAGCACGUCUAAGGCCUAAAGAUGAACCAUAUAUAUCUUAAUCUGAC